CCUACCUCUCUCUCUCUCUCUCUCUCUCUCUCUCUCUCUCUCACUGUAAUCUCCGGUGAGUGAACGAAGCGGCAAUGGAGGCCUUCUACUACCUGGUGUUCGGAGCACUGGCGGUGGUCGUCGCCGGCGCCGAGCUCAGCAAAAGCAACAAGGACCGAGUCAACACCUCCGCGGCUUUCAAUUCCUUCAAGAACAAUUACCUCGUCGUUUACUCUCUCAUGAUGGCUGGGGACUGGUUGCAGGGUCCUUACGUUUACUACCUAUAUACUACGUAUGGAUUUGGGAAGGGUGAUAUUGGACAUCUUUUCAUUGCUGGCUUUGGCUCUUCUAUGUUGUUUGGGACGAUUGUUGGAUCUCUAGCAGACAAACAGGGUCGAAAGAGGGCGUGCAUCACUUAUUGUAUUACUUACAUACUGAGCUGCAUCACCAAACAUUCUCCUCACUAUAAUGUCUUGAUGUUGGGCCGUAUUCUGGGAGGUAUCGCCACAUCACUUCUCUUUUCAGCGUUUGAGUCAUGGCUUGUUGCUGAACACAACAAGAGGGGUUUCGAACCACAAUGGUUGUCAGUAACAUUCUCAAAGGCAAUAUUUCUUGGUAAUGGUGUCGUUGCUAUCUUGGCUGGGUUGCUUGGAAAUACGCUUGUUGAUUCUUUGGCUCUUGGUCCUGUUGCACCGUUCGACGCUGCUUCGUGCUUCCUUACAAUAGGAAUGUUCGUCAUUUUAUUUACAUGGACAGAGAAUUAUGGAGAUCCUUCAGAGAGCAAAGACUUGUUCACCCAAUUCCGCGGUGCUGCUGUGGCUAUUGCUUCUGAUGAGAAGAUUGCAUUACUGGGUGCGAUACAGUCUCUGUUUGAAGGAUCAAUGUACACGUUUGUGUUCCUUUGGACUCCUGCUUUGAGCCCAAAUGAUGAAGACAUUCCACAUGGUUUUAUCUUUUCAACAUUCAUGUUGUCUUCAAUGCUUGGAAGCUCUCUUGCAUCUCGGUUGAUGGCUCGCCAAUCACCUAGAGUAGAGAGCUAUAUGCAGAUUGUCUUUGCCAUUUCAGCUACCUCUCUCCUACUUCCCAUUGUGACCAGUUUCUUGGUAGCACCUUCCGGGACGAAAGGAGGGAGCAUCUCAUUUGCAGGCUGUAUCCAACUUCUUGGAUUCUGUGCCUUUGAGGCUUGUGUAGGACUAUUCUGGCCAUCAAUUAUGAAGAUGAGGUCCCAAUACAUACCUGAGGAGGCCAGGAGCACCAUCAUGAACUUCUUCCGUAUUCCACUUAAUAUAUUUGUCUGCAUUGUGCUGUACAAUGUUGAUGCAUUCCCCAUGACUGUUAUGUUUGGGAUGUGCUCCAUGUUCCUCUUUCUCGCAUGUUUCUUGCAGAGGCGCCUCAUGUUAAUUGUAGAAAAACCCAAGACCGAAGACUGGGCAGGAAUGAAGGAUAGGGACACCGAGUCAGAGCCAUUAAACCUUUGAUAACUUCUGGAGUUGUUUUUUGGAUGUCAGACAUUUAGUUAGUGAAUUAGUAACUGGCAAAUUUUUCGACAAAGGAAUCCGCUCUUGUAAUACCAUUAUUAUUCUUUUACAGCAUCUAUAGUCUAUAUUUUUCCUCU